CUUGCCCGCCCACCGCGCUUAUCGCCGCGGGGCGGGGCGGGGUCCGGCUCCUCCACCGUCCAGCGACCCUAUCGGGAGGCCGUGGGUCGCCCGCUCGGCCUUUGCUACCGCCCCCCCGCUUCACCUUCGCCCGGCCACACGGAGGCCUCGAACAAACUUGCCGAGGCUGCACCCCAACGCAGCGCCCGCCGCCGGGAAGGGGCUCCCCAGCUCCCCUCACGCACGCAGGAAGGCUCCGGCCGCCCUCGCCGCACCUCGCCCCCGGCCCGGCGCUGCGGAGAGGCCGCCCCCAACCCCGCCGGCGCGGCGGAAGCGGCGGGCCCCAGCGCAGGCUCCACCGCGCAGCCCGGGCCCUGCUGCGGCGUGAGAUCGCUGCAUGCUGCUGCCUCGCAUACAGCUGCUUCACCGCCUUCUCCGCUGCACCCGUGCUUUGGGCCACCUGCCCACACGCUCCCUCAUGGAUCUCGGUGAGCUGGUUUCAGCCCUGAAUGGCUUUGCAUCCCUCUCUCUGGCUGAAAGCUGGGACAAUGUGGGCUUGCUGGUGGAACCGAGUCCUCCCCACACUGUGAACACUCUUUUCCUCACCAACGAUCUCACUGAGGAGGUGAUGGAAGAGGCGGUGCAGAAGAAGGCAGACCUUAUUCUUUCUUACCACCCUCCUGUGUUCGCACCACUCAAGCGAGUAACGUGGAAGACCUGGAAGGAACGGCUGGUAGUCCGAGCCCUGGAGCACAGAAUUGGAAUUUACUCUCCACAUACAUCGUAUGAUGCCAUACCUCAUGGAGUCAAUGACUGGCUAGCAAAGGGACUGGGUGCCUGUACUUCCGUCCCGCUGCGUCCAUCAACUGCACCAAGCUGUCCAGCUGAGGGCACUCACCGGGUAGAAUUCUGCACAGACAACCCUGAGCAUCUGGACACAGUGCUGUCCAAAAUCAAAACCAUACAAGAGAUCUCCUGUGUCACUACUCUCCCUGCCAGGGUUGAAGGUGAGGAGCAAACAAGAGUCAGUUUGAACUGCUCUCAGAAAGCACUGCUGGAGGUGGUGGCAUUACUGUCCCAGAACAACCUUUAUCAGAGGACUGAGAUUCUCUUAUUACAAAAGCCUCUUCUUCCCCAUACUGGAAUGGGACGUCUGUGCACACUGAGUGAGCCAGUCUCCUUGUCGGACAUAACUGAGCGUAUCAAAAGCCACCUAAAAUUACCCCACGUCCGCUUAGCCGUGGGAAUGGGCAAGACACUAGAAUCACUAGUGAAGAAAGCUGCUCUGUGUGCUGGUUCUGGGACCAGUGUCCUGAAGGGAAUGGAAGCUGACCUCUAUCUCACAGGAGAGAUGCCCCACCAUGAUGUUCUGGAUGCAGUUGCCAAUGGGAUAAGUGUUAUUCUGUGUGAGCACAGCAACACUGAGCGAGGCUUCUUGACAGAGCUGCGUGACAUGCUAGCUAUCCACCUACAGAACAAAGUCAACAUAAUUGUGUCUGAGAAAGACAGAGAUCCCCUCCAGGUGGCAUAAAGGAAGGAAAAAAAAGGAGAGAAUUCAGUCAGGAGUUUCCUGGUAUCUUGCACAGACCUGUCCAACUGCAAGCUUAACGAAGAUGCUCUGAAUUGGUUCAGUACAGAAUGAUCGUAUUAUACGUUCCCUUAGAGUCUGGGAUAUAUUUUGUCAUCUGUCAGAUAAAUAAAUGCUUGGUUUGGACUACAGAAGGCUGAUUUAAUUACUGGGUUCAAUUACUGGGCUGCACUUAAAUAAAUUUACUGUUACUGCAUAGUCUGAUUAGAUACAUUUUAUGACAAGGUACUCUAGGAUUGGUUUGGGUGAAAUAUAAAAACCUGACUUGUCUCCAGUCUUAAGCGUACACAGCAAUUCUACCCUACUGCAGUUAUGUCGAAUCAUGUCAGUACAAGUCACUGGUAUUUUAGCUAAUAAAUCUGAUUGAUAGUAGUUAAUGAAAGGGUGUGGAUCACCCAUUUGCAUUAGCAGUUUUAUGAAGACACCAGUCACAUGCAAAUAUAGAACACAAUUCAGGUAUUUGGUACAAGUAUUCAAUUGCACAGUCUACCAUUAAUGCAGAUUUAAGGCUUUUUAAUAGAGGGACUCUCAAUUGAAAAACUGUGGAAGGUUAAAACUCAAUUCCUUAACAAAGAUGUAAAUUAAUGUGUUUUUGUUACUUUCUUUUUAAAAGUUUCUAUAACUAUGGCUCUUAAUUACAGCAUUACUGAAACUGAACAAGUAGCAUUUUCACCACAGAUAAGCUUGGUUUUUAUUUUGUAAGUUGGGGUUCUUCUUGUGGUCUAUUUGUUUGGGGUUUUUUUUAAGACAAAAAAAGAAAUCUCCCAAUUGCACACCUUACCAUCUCUGGAUUAUGUGCAUACCACAGGAGUAUUUAAACAAAAUGAAAAUAUUUCCAUUGCAAGUCUGUAAAGAUCUUGGUACCAUCCUUUUUGGUUAAUAAAACUGCCUCAUCAAGCC